ACAAAGAAUUGUAGUCAGACAUGUUGGAUUCACCUGUCUGCUGUCAUCAGGUUUUUCGGAACGAUUUACAAGGGAUGCAGUGACAAGUGUUUAUGUCUUUAAUUUUUGUCGAUUUAUAUCCGCCCUUUUUGGUGUUUCCAACUAAAGAGGGUCGUUAAAGGCAGAAUUCGAAGCGUAGUUUGCGAAUUCGAUUUACUGUCGGGGUGUAUCAAGUAGUUUUUGUGAACUCCGGCAGAGGAUUCACGAUAAAAGUGUAAAAAAUUUUCUAUUUUUAAAUAGACGCGUGUGCGGCGUGAGCCAUUUAAUGCAUAUCUAGUGUUGGUAUUUGGCUAUUUUUGUAAUUCCACACUUAAAAAUAACUACUGUCCUAAUCUCUCUCUACUUAUAGUUUAGUAUGCGGCGGAGCCAUUUUCCCGAAUUUAUUUCAAAUUAAACCGCCAUUGUUUACUAUCGCAAUAUUAAAAAGUGCACGUCGCGAUUUCGUUCACUCGCCGGAGAAGGUGAGGGUGAAUGAGUGCCCUUCAGCAGUAGGACAUAUGUCAAUAUUGUGCUACGCAAUGAGGAUCCGAAAUGAUCCCUAGUUUUCAAUCGGAUAUGAAUCAAAGCAAGUGAUCGUCGUCGUACCGGGAGUAAGCUGGAUGUUACGAAAGUGAGUGUGGCGGACACGACGUCGGCCACGGUGGCGACGGGUGGCCCAGAGUGCGGCCCUGGGGCCGCCGAAAAGGGCGCCGGCUGCUGGUGGUCCUCGCUCGCAGCAAUGGGCUGUUUCGGUAAUAGGGAAUCCCAACAGACUGCCGGCGGAGAUGAUUCCAGAUCGCAGAAACGCAUCAGUGAUCAAAUUAAUCGGCAGUUACAAAAGGACAAGCAGGUAUAUCGUGCGACUCAUCGAUUGCUCCUACUCGGUGCUGGUGAAUCUGGUAAAUCGACAAUCGUUAAACAAAUGCGAAUUCUUCAUGUCAACGGAUUUAGUGAAACGGAGAGGAAGCAAAAGAUAGAAGAUAUAAAGAAGAAUGUGCGAGACGCUAUUUUGACCAUAACUGGUGCAAUGUCUACAUUAACACCACCCGUGGCAUUGGAACAUGCCGAGAACCAAGCGAGAGUAGAUUACAUUCAAGAUUACGCAUCGGGACCUGAUUUUGAUUAUCCGCCUGAAUUCUAUGAGUAUACGGAAGCUCUCUGGAAGGACAGGGGUGUUCAGACUACAUUCGAUCGUAGCAAUGAGUACCAACUCAUAGACUGUGCUAAAUACUUUUUAGAUAGGGUUGAGACGAUUAAACUGCCCGAUUACACACCAACGGAACAAGAUAUACUGCGCUGCCGAGUACUUACGAGCGGAAUUUUUGAAACUAGGUUCCAAGUUGAUAAGGUCAAUUUUCAUAUGUUUGACGUUGGCGGUCAACGUGACGAACGACGAAAGUGGAUUCAAUGCUUUAAUGAUGUUACUGCCAUUAUUUUCGUAACAGCGUGCAGUUCGUACAAUAUGGUGUUACGUGAGGAUCCCACACAAAAUCGACUAAGGGAGAGUCUCGACUUAUUUAAAUCUAUAUGGAACAAUCGUUGGUUACGCACAAUUUCUGUUAUUCUUUUUCUUAACAAGCAAGACCUGCUUUCCGAAAAAAUUUUAGCGGGAAAAAGCAAAUUAGAAGAUUAUUUUGGGGAAUUCACUAGAUACCAAACACCACUGGAUGCUCCUGCCGACACUAGCGAACCUCCCGAAGUUAUGCGUGCUAAGUAUUUUAUAAGGGAUGAAUUUUUGCGUAUCAGCACGGCCUCUGGAGAAGGUAAACAUUACUGCUACCCACACUUUACUUGUGCUGUGGAUACGGAAAACAUCAAAAGAGUAUUCAACGAUUGCCGAGAUAUAAUUCAACGAAUGCAUCUUCGGCAAUACGAACUCUUAUAACCGCCCACUUCAUCUAGUAGCCGCUUUGUCUCCAACGCUUUUUUACUAACACGUUGGCUUUAUUUACUGAUUAUUUCUCUACAGACGGUAACAGUUGGUUAUACAAAGCAUUUCUGUGUUAUGUGUAUUUGAUAAAUUCUCUUAUUUAUAGAUUUAAUUCGUAGUGUGAUACAUUCAUUAGUUGGACGCGCUCCUCAUUUAUCAAAUACACAAAUUCCUUCAUAAGAUUUUUUUGUUAUGUAAAUUUAGGUGAAGCAGUACACAAAACGCGCCCAUUCUAGUGAGGACUCCUUCGAUUUUAUUUGGUAAUCGUCUUAGGACGUUACAAGCAUUUUAAUUAUUAAAUUUUACUCGAUUUCUUGAUCCGAAUAUUUUUAAUUUUACUAUUGUAAUAUUGAUGGUUACGUGGCCACGUUGUAAAGGUUAGUGCAAUAUCUUUUUGACAAAUCUCUUAUUUAUGCACAAAGCUUCCUCUUUUUUUUAGAAUUAUUGUAAGCAAUGGAGACUUUAUUCUUACAAUCAUACAUAGAAGCACAAUUGAAGAGUGUACAUCUAGCCGAGUGUAACGGUCAAGUUCAUAAAGUAAGGUUUAGCUAAGUUGGAAGCCUCUUUGGUGCUCUGAAGUUUGUGAACAUUUUUAUUUGUACAAAUUUCUAAAAAAUUGCUUUCUUCGGCUAAUAAAUCUUUUCGCCUUGUUUUAUGAACUUUGUGAAACGGAAUCGUCACUCCAAAAAUCGUCAUGCUUUUAUUAGUUUAGUAGAAACUGAUUAUUAAUAAUUAAUAUAUAUGUGCCGCUAGUCUAAACAUAUGGAAAAGCGCUACUCUUUUACCAUCGGUUGCGUUUUUCCGUUAUCAAAGUUUACUGAAUGUUAUAUUUGUUAAUAAAUUAUACAUACAUAUUUAUAACUGUAAAUUUGACAGGUUGUGUUUUAUCGGUGUAUUUACGGUAGAGAUGCCCCCCUUUGUGUGUUUGUUUUUGUAUAAAUUCUCCCGGCUUCGAUCUUACGUUAAUCAUGUAGUACAUAACGCCAUGCCAUCGUUUAUUUCACUUCAAUUGUCAUCUUACAGCUCUCGUCACUUUUGUACUGAAAAUGUUGUUGUUUCUUAUUAAGUACUAUUAGUGUUUAUAGCGCGAUAUACCGAUGACAUACAAGCCUACUGUCAAGUCCUAACAUCAAUGAGAGACAUUUAAGAAAUGUUUCUGCGUUAGGUAAUUUGCACAAGAAGCAAAGCAAUUCUCUAUAGAUACAGACUAUGUGAGGAGUGCCAGUAUGCGUGAAACUAAUCUUUGUGAGCUGAUCUAAGCAGUAUUUUGUUUUACUUGUUUAUUGUUUUGCCAAUAUUGUAUAUGUGAAUAUAAUGUGGGAUUCAUCGCACGUGCGGCUUUAUAAAAGCUGCCUGAAAUGAAUCUCGUAUCUAUAAAUAUAUAAAUAAAAUGAAUAUGAAAUUAUAUUAAGAAAUGUAACUGUAAUAAAUAUGUCUUAUUUAAUGAUU